AUUUUUUCCUUUCUAUAUUCCGAACGGAUAGCGAUACCGUCGCACUCAAACUAUAAUGUCUUAACUACCAUUGCUUCUUACACGCUCGUCUCCAAGCUCUCUCUCUCUCUCUCUCUCUCUCUCUCUGUUCCACUAUGCGAUUAUCGCUCUACAGAAAUGGGUGCGAGAAGAGCUUUGCUUCAGUGUCUGUUAUCGCUGUUUUUGAUAAUUGAGGUUGCAGUGGCCACGGCCAACUUCUUCAAGCCAUUCAACGUGAGCUAUGACCACAGGGCGCUCAUCAUCGACGGCGAGCGCCGGAUGCUCAUCUCCGCAGGAAUUCACUACCCCCGUGCCACUGCUGAGAUGUGGCCUGAUAUAAUUGCAAAGAGCAAGGAAGGGGGAGCAGAUGUGAUCCAAACUUAUGUGUUCUGGAAUGCGCAUGAGCCAGUGAGAGGACAGUAUUACUUUGAGGGGAGAUAUGAUCUCGUCAAGUUUGUGAAGCUAGUGGGAUCGAGUGGACUCUAUCUCCAUCUUCGCAUAGGACCUUAUGUUUGCGCUGAGUGGAAUUUUGGGGGUUUCCCAGUGUGGCUGCGUGAUGUUCCUGGUAUAGAAUUUCGAACAGACAAUGUUCCUUUCAAGGACGAGAUGCAACGGUUUGUUAAAAAGAUUGUGGAACUGAUGCGAGAGGAAAUGCUAUUUUCUUGGCAAGGUGGUCCAAUCAUUAUGUUGCAGAUUGAAAAUGAAUAUGGAGAUGUAGAAAGCUCGUAUGGCCAGAAGGGGAAGGAAUAUGUUAAAUGGGCUGCUCGGAUGGCUCUAGGUCUUGGUGCUGGUGUUCCAUGGGUCAUGUGCAAGCAAACAGAUGCUCCAGAUAAUAUUAUAAAUGCCUGCAAUGGAUACUAUUGCGAUGGUUUCAAGACGAAUUCCAAUAAUACACCAGUACUUUGGACGGAGGACUGGGAUGGAUGGUAUACAAAAUGGGGUGGACGAUUGCCACAUAGACCUGCUGAAGACCUUGCAUUUGCAGUUGCACGCUUUUUUCAACGUGGAGGGAGCUUUCAGAACUACUAUAUGUAUUUUGGUGGAACAAACUUCAACCGAACUUCUGGUGGCCCAUUCUAUAUUACUAGCUAUGAUUAUGAUGCUCCAAUUGAUGAAUAUGGUCUGCUGAGUGAGCCUAAAUGGGGGCAUCUGAAAGAUCUGCACUCUGCUAUAAAGCUUUGUGAAGCUGCUCUAGUUGCUGCUGAUUCACCUCAGUAUAUAAAAUUGGGACCAAAGCAGGAGGCACAUGUGUACCAUGUAGACCUUCAAACUGGAGGCCUGAAGUAUGAAAGUCAAAGCAGGUGCUCCGCAUUUCUUGCAAACAUUGAUGAGCGUAAAGCAGCUGCUGUAACAUUUCAUGGUCAAACAUAUAAUUUACCACCAUGGUCGGUCAGUAUAUUACCAGACUGCAGGAACACGGUGUUCAAUACUGCCAAGGUAGCAGCACAAACUUCCAUUAAAAUGGUGGACUUUGAAUUGCCUCUUUUCUCAAAUAUUUCUGUGCACCAACAAUUCAUGGUUCAUAAUGAAGUUUCCUAUAUCUCAAAAUCCUGGAUGACUGUAAAAGAGCCAAUCGGUGUUUGGAGUGAGAGCGCUUUUACUGUCCAAGGUAUAUUGGAGCAUUUAAAUGUGACAAAGGACUAUUCUGAUUAUCUAUGGUAUAUAACCAGAAUAUAUGUUUCUGAUGAUGACAUCUCAUUCUGGGAGGAAAAGGAAGUUAGACCAACACUUACAAUUGAUAGCAUGCGUGAUGUGUUGCGCACAUUCAUUAAUGGCCAGCUUAUAGGCAGUGUGGUUGGUCAUUGGGUGAAGGUGGUCCAGCCUGUUCAGUUUCUCCAAGGAUACAAUGAUUUAGUGUUGUUAUCUCAGACAGUGGGUUUACAGAACUAUGGUGCCUUCCUUGAGAAAGAUGGGGCAGGGUUUAGAGGCCAAAUCAAGCUUACUGGAUUUAGGAAUGGGGAUAUUGACCUCUCAAAGUUGUCAUGGACCUACCAGGUUGGGCUUAAGGGUGAAUUCUCGAAUAUAUACACCAUGGAGGAAAAUGAAAAGUCAGGUUGGAGUGAUUUAAAUCUUGAUGCUAUUCCGGCCACAUUUACCUGGUACAAGACUUACUUCAAUGCCCCUGAUGGCACGGAACCAGUUGCUCUUGAUUUGGGAAGCAUGGGAAAGGGGCAAGCAUGGGUCAAUGGUCACCACAUAGGAAGAUACUGGACUCUGGUUGCUCCAAAAGAUGGAUGCCAAAAAUGUGAUUAUCGCGGGCCAUACAACUCAAAUAAGUGUAGAACAAACUGUGGCAAUCCUACUCAAACCUGGUACCACAUACCCCGGUCAUGGCUGCAUGCAUCUGAUAAUUUACUUGUCAUCUUUGAAGAAACUGGAGGGAAUCCAUUCGAUAUUUCACUGAAGUUACAUUCCAUCCGAAUCAUCUGUGGUCAAGUGUCGGAGUCACACUAUCCACCUCUCUGGAAAUGGUCCCAGCCAGAUUUUACCGAUGGAAGUAUAUUAAUUAAUGAUACAGCACCAGAACUUCACUUGCGGUGUGAUGAUGAGCAUGUAAUUGCCUCCAUAGAAUUCGCUAGCUAUGGAACUCCUCAAGGUAGCUGCCAAAAGUUUUCUAGAGGCAACUGCCAUGCUCCCAAUUCAUUUUCCGUAGUCUCCGAGGCUUGCUUGGGAAGAAAGAGCUGUUUUGUUGGAAUUUCAAACACCGUAUUUGGUGGCGACCCGUGCCAUAGCGUUGUCAAGACUUUGGCUGUUGAGGCAAGAUGCGUGUCAUCAUCAAAUACUCUUGGUGCCUCUCAGCUUUGAAGUACCAAGCAGGAGCAACAAAGAACGAGUUAAUUCCAUCAUUUUAAUAUGCUUUUUGGCUGGAAUUUGUUCGUUCAGAUUCCCCAGUUCUGGGGCUUGUAUGUAUAUUAGUUGAGAUCAAGCCUUAUCUAAUGGCCUGUGCCUGUAAAAUAAGAAGCCUCCAACAACAAAACAUUCCAAUUCUUCAUUCUCGUGUCUUCAUAAUUAUAAGAGUUUGAUGAAUGGUGACAUUAUCUUCA